AUGGAAGACGUUGAGGUGGAUCUCCAGGCCAAUGUCCUUGCCAUCCCGACCUUCGAGUCGAUGGGGCUGAAGGAGGGGUUAUUGAGAGGAAUGUACAGCUUCGGUUACAAGCAGCCCACGGCCAUCCAAAAACGCUUCAUCCUGCCCUUCAUUCAGCGUCAGGACCUCGUCGCACAGGCCUGCUCCGGCUCCGGCAAGACCUCGGCCUUUUGCAUCUGCCUCCUCCAGGCCUGCGACCCACAGCAGCGUGUUACACAGGCCUUGAUCCUCUCCCCAACCCGCGAGCUCGCCGCGCAGACGCAGGACCUCUGCAAUGACAUCGGCCACCACAUGGGGAUCACCGCCUACGCCUGCGUGGGGGGGAGGAGCACGGAGGAGGAUAUGCGCCGGCUGGAGGCCGGCGUGCAGAUCGUCUCCGGCACUCCAGGACGCGUCUUCGACAUGAUCAAACGCAAGUGCCUCCGCGUGGAGGCCCUCCAGACGCUCGUCCUGGACGAAGCGGACGAGAUGCUCGGGAAGGGCUUCAAGGCUCAGAUUCACGAUAUCUACCGUAUGGUUCCCCCUCUGCAGGUCAUCCUUGUCUCCGCAACGUUGCCGGCGGAUGUGCUCGAUAUGACGGAGAAAUUUAUGACGGAUCCCGUGCGGAUUCUCGUCAAACGCGAUGAGAUCACGGUGGACAGCAUUGUACAAUAUUUCGUAACGGUUGAUGAGGAGAAGAAUAAGCUCAAUACACUUUUCGAUCUCUAUGAUUCCCUUACGGUCGCCCACGCCAUCAUAUUUUGCAAUACACGCAAAAAGGUUGAUCAGCUUGUCAAGAAGAUGACCAAAGAAAAGUUCAUCGUCAGUGCCAUCCACGGUGACAUGCCGCAGGCGGAGCGCGAUGAGAUCAUGCGCAACUUCCGUGAGGGGAAUAGCCGUGUUCUUAUCACGACGGAUCUUUGGUCGCGUGGGAUCGACGUGGAGCGGGUGACACUGGUGAUUAAUUAUGACCUUCCGCUGUCACGUGAACAGUACAUUCAUCGUAUUGGAAGAACUGGCCGCUUGGGGCGUAAGGGUCUGGCAAUUAGCUUUGUGAAGCGCGAUGAGUUGCGGCUACUGAAGGACAUUGAGCAGUUCUAUGCGACACAAAUCGAAGAGCUUCCUACGAAUUUUGGUGAACAUUUAUAA